GUUAGUGCACUCCCUUAAGGACGGGAUGUAUCGAACAUCAGGAAGACACCCUACUCACUCAACGAGUCAGUUCACAGUCACAACUCUAGAUUUAACAGUGCAACUCUCUAAACACGCGCGUUUGUGUUCAGUGAUUUUUCUACAGACAACAACCACGCUGUUUUUGACGAGCGCCAGCGCCGAACUUUAAUUUAUGGAUUUAACCAGCCAAGUUGUGACGCAUUUGGUUUCCCUGUGUUGUUAACACGUUAUGAAGCCACAUCUUGUCGUCUAUUUGUGUAACAGGAAUUUUAGUCUAGGCAUUUGUGACUUGAAUAACAAUCCGGAUCGGGAGUAUAAUUUAAUAUGAAUGACAACAAUAUGGAUUCUGAUCAAGUUCAACAAACAGAUGGCAGCACAUCAGAAGAAUCAAUAAGUAUUCCUAAUCAAAGGAUGACAAGAUAUCAGAUCCUCACAUUGAUAUCAAUGGCAUCUGUCAACUUCAGCUCAAUGAUCUGCUACUCUAUACUGGGGCCAUUCUUCCCCAACGAGGUAAUGGAAAAAGGAGCCAGUCAGACUGUCAUCGGACUUAUAUUUGGCUGCUAUGCUCUGUGCAAUCUGAUGGGCUCUUUAGUACUGGGUAAAUAUAUUGUCCAGAUCGGGGCAAAGGUCAUGCUAAUUUCAGGCUUAUUCGUAUCAUCGGGGUGCACCAUUCUCUUUGGCUUACUCGACCGAGUUCCUGAGGGAGCUACUUUUAUUACUUUGUGCUUUAUCAUAAGGUCUGUUGAUGCUCUGGGCUUCAGUGCUGCAAUGACUUCUUCUUUUGCAAUUUCGGCAAAAGUUUUCCCCAACAACAUAGCAACUGUUCUGGGUAGUUUGGAGAUCUUUACAGGGCUGGGUCUGAUACUGGGACCACCAAUAGGUGGAUGGCUGUAUCAGUCUUUUGGAUACGAAGUCCCUUUCAUGGCUCUGGGAUGCUUUCUAUUUCUUAUGGUCCCCUUCAACAUCUACAUCUUACCAAGCUUUGCUGCUGAUCCUACCAAGGACUCCUUCUUCAGGCUGUUCACACGUCUGAAGAUAGUCCUCAUUUGCUUUGCCAUAUUCACCCUGAGCUCUGGACUUGGCUUUCUGGAUGCAACCUUGUCCAUAUAUGCCAUUGAUAAGUUUGACCUCUCUCCAGGUUAUGUGGGUCUUCUCUUGCUUGGCCUGUCGUUGCCUUACUGUCUGGCCUCACCUCUGCUUGGUAUCGUUAGUGACAGGUUUCCUUCCAUAAGGCCAUGGUUGAUGGUACUAGGAGGCUUGUCUACAGCAACUGGUUUCUGGUUCUUAGGUCCUGUCCCCAUUCUGCAGAUACAGAGUCAGCUGUGGCUGUUGGUCUUCAUGCUGGGUGUCAUAGGAUUCUCUCUAAGCAUGAUUGCCAUCCCCACCUUCCCUGAAAUACUCAACUGUGCAUAUGAAAAUGGAUUUGAGGAGGGGCUGAGCACUCUCGGACUGGUGUCUGGAUUGUUUGGAGCAGUGUGGUCCAUUGGAAUGUUUUGUGGUCCAACGCUCGGUGGCUUCACCACACAGCAGCUGAGCUUUGAGUGGGCUGCUUCUGUUCAAGGAGGCCUGGCCUUUUUAGCCGCUUUCUUUCUUGGUAUAUAUUUUCUCUGUCAAGGAACACGACAAAGAAGGGCUCCUCAGAUCAAGAGGAAAAUACCUUCAGAUGAACGUACCCGUCUUCUGUCCUGAACAACGAUCAUCUACCAGGAACAUGUACAGUGAGAGAUGGGUACCGAACAAUAAACACCACUUCUUAAAAUAUUAUGUGUAUGUAUUGCUAGAGAUUGAGGUGGGCAUGCAUUGUAAUGCUAGAGAUUGAGGUGGGCAUGCAUUGUAUUGCUAGAGAUUGAGGUGGGCAUGCAUUGUAUUGCUAGAGAUUGAGGUGGGCAUGCAUUGUAUUGCUAGAGAUUGAGGUGGGCAUGCAUUGUAAUGCUAGAGAUUGAGGUGGGCAUGCAUUGUAAUGCUAGAGAUUGAGGUGGGCAUGCAUUGUAUUGCUAGAGAUUGAGGUGGGCAUGCAUUGUAUUGCUAGAGAUUGAGGUGGGCAUGCAUUGUAUUGCUAGAGAUUGUGAUAAAACAGAACAAUGAGAAAGAUAUUUCACCAGAUGUAUAAAUGUGAAGCAUCCGGUUGGCGUUUCCACUCAUUACCAAACAUGGUGGUGAGAAGAAGCCCAGUGGCCGGGAGUGGGAGAAGAUGGAGCGAGAUGGAUUUUGGCCGACAUUCUGCAAAUUUUCUCUUCGAUGAAACAUUUGAUCUCAUUACAGUUUUCUGUUUCCAAAACUGUUACGAACAGAGUGGACUACGUUUUGUAGACUUUACCCUUUGCAUUAUUUAGGAGUGCAAGGGCAAAUUUCACAGAGUAGAUGUUCCCUAACAGAAAUAUGCAAAUACAUGCUAGAACGCACCAAUAGGCUCUUGCUAGCUUUUGCUUGGCUAUGCCCACCUCACUUGUUCUGCCCAGUAUGAUUAAUUUGCUUACAUUGGAAACGACAGGUUGUGCUCUAUCCUGGGUUAGUUAUAAAACAUCUUUGGUGAUAAUGUACAGUGCAUUCGGAAAGUAUUCAGACCCCUUUACUUUUUCCACUUUUUUGUUACUUUAUAGGCUUAUUGUAAAAUGUAUUAAAUAAAAACAUUUCCUCAUCAAUCUACACACAAUACCCCAUUACAAAGCAAAAACAGAUAUCACAUUUACAUAAGUACUCAGUACUUUGUAGAAGCACCUUUGGCAGCAAUUACAGCCUUGAGUCUUCUUGGGUAUGACACCUACAAGCUUGGCACACCUGUAUUUGGGGAGUUUCUCCAAUUCCUCUCAAGCUUUGUCAGGUUGAAUGGGGAGCAUUGCUUCACAGCUAUUUUCAGGUUUCUCCAGAGAUGUUCGAUCUGGGCUCUGACUGGGCCACUCAAGCACAUUCAGAGACUUGUCCCGAAGCCACUCCUGCGUUGUCUUGACUGUGUGCUUAGGGUCGUUGUCCUGUUGGAAAGUGAACCUUUGCCCAAGUCUGAGAUCCUGAGCACUCUGGAGCAGGUUUCCAUCAAGGAUCUCUCUGUACUUUGCUCCGUUCAUCUUUCCCUCGAUCCUGACUAGUCUCCCAGUACCUGCUGUUGAAAAACAUCCCAGCGGCAUGAUGCUGCCACCACCUUGCUUCACCGUAGGGAUGGUGCCAGAUUUAGCAAAAAUCUCUAAAAACCUGUUUGCACUUUGUCAUUAUAGUGUAUUGUUAUUUUAUCAAUUUUAGCAUAAGGCUGUAACGUAACAAAAUGUGGAAAAAUUCAAGCGUCUGAAUACUUUCUGAAGGCACCGUAUAUAAGCAGCCAGACAGUGAACAAUAUAUAUCUAUAUACACUACAGAGGUGCUAAACGUGGACUGUAACAUGUAUUAAAAUGUAAAACUAAGAGGAUGAUGCUACACAGAUUGACUUCUCAUUUGUUGUCAUAGAGUAGCACUAGCAAUCCAAACAAAAGCAGUUCAGUUUGCAUAAUGCCAAUAUCAAAAUAAGACCUGUGUAUAGUUACUUGAACUGUCAAGGACCUCAACAAGCUGUGGUAAAGCUUUGGAACUUUUUUGAAUGAGCUUUUAGCAAGUUAUUUCAAAACACCAUUUACUUAGGAAUAGGUGAAUGGUUCAUAAAAUAAUGUUAAUGACAAUCAAUGGGCAUUUAUCAGUUGGCAAUGUAAACAUGUACCCAUUGAAAUGCAGUACUAUGUAAAUGCCUCUCAUUUCCAACACCACAUGACUUGAAUUAUUUGUCUGAACAGUGGGGUCAGAACUAAAUGUGCAUAGCUAUUGACCUCCUUCAUGGUUAUGUAGAUUGCUCAUUGACCAAAAUGACUGUAUCCACUUGUCAAGUGAUCAUAACUGUGGUUCAUUCAAAUACACCAAACUAUUUGAAAAUAUGUAACUAAUGUAAUCUUAGACCUUUGUUACAGUCUUGUAGUUACAUGCCUUUGGUGUUAUUCCAAUGUGUGCUUCUGCUCUCUUAAACUCCUAUUUUACAAUAAUGGCAUUAGGAGAAAUCUAGGUACCUUUUUCCUCACUGACUGCAGAGUUCCAAAUGACAUUAGUCUGGUCAAAUAAAAUAGGGAAUUCAUAAUAAAAGAUAACAGAUUUGGUCUAC